AUGUCCACCACAGACAUGAACAAGAUGAGCAGGAUCAUCUUCUACGAGGAUAGGAACUUCCAGGGCCGUUCCUAUGAGUGCAGCAGCGAUUGUGCCGACAUGUCCUCCUACCUGAACAGGUGUCACUCCUGCAGGGUGGAGAGAGGCUGCUUCAUGGUGUACGACCGCACCAACUUCAUGGGCAACCAGUACUUCCUGAGGAGGGGCGAAUACGCCGACUACAUGAGCAUGAUGGGAAUGAACGACUGCAUCAGGUCCUGCCGCAUGAUCCCCAUGUACCGUGGCUCAUACAGAAUGAGGAUCUAUGAGAGGGAGAACUUUGGAGGCCAGAUGUCCGAGCUGAUGGACGACUGUGACAAUGUCAUGGAUCGUUACCGCAUGUCCAACUGCAUGUCUUGCCACGUGAUGGACGGACACUGGCUGAUGUAUGAGCAGCCCCACUACAGAGGCAGGAUGAUGUACAUGAGGCCUGGAGAGUACAGGAGCUUCAUGAACAUGGGCAUGGGCAACAUGAAGUUCAUGAGCAUGAAGCGCAUUGUGGAUUCCUGCUGCUAG